AUGAGAACGACCAAUUGCCUCCGGCUGGCUCGCCAGUCCUUGACGCCCAGCCUUUGCUCGGAGUCGCGUCCCCGACGCAUUCUUCCGUCCAAUUUCACGCCGACACCACCUUGCCACACACCUCGCCUGCAGGCUCCUUCUCGGGCCUAUUCGGCCGCACCUGAUGCCGAUGGCAGCCUCAAGGUGUCGAGGUUCGCUAGCGAGCUGGAAUCACGCGAAAGCGUGUCGCCCUUCAAGCAGCAGAGGCAGGACGAGCUUCGGCAAGAUCAGCAAAGUGAAGAGCCGCUCUAUCCAGAUCCGUAUCCCCGUUUCGACUCGACCGGGCGCAAGAGUGUCCCCCAGUUUUUGGAAGAUUUCCAUGAGCGUCUCUCGGACGAAAACGUGACAUUGACCGGCCGCAUUCGAUCCAAGCGGGUCGUCGGCAAGUCGCUCAUCUUCCUCGACAUCGUGAACGAGUUCCAGAAAGUGCAGGUCAUGAUCAACAAGAGCAAGUGCGUGUCGGAGAAGAAUAGAAGAAUCCACAAAUUUGCCCUCUUUAAGCAUCUGAUACAAGUCGGCGACCACAUUUCCGUCACCGGCAUCGCGACACGUACCAAUAGUGGCGAACCCACGCUCGAUGCGAGACAGCUUCCUGAGCUCCUGUCGCCGUCCAUGGAGCAAAUACCGGAGACGCUCAAGGAUGCCAAGACGAGGAUGCAGGAGCGUCAUGUCGACAUGCUCGUCAACCGAGAGGUCCUUGAUGUCCUGCGACUGCGCGCCGAGAUCACCAAGCACAUGCGAGAUCAUUUCCACUCGAAACGUUUCCUCGAGUUUCAGACGCCCAUCCUGGCCGAGAACGCAGGUGGUGCCGUCGCCCGCCCGUUUGCCACGCAGGCGACCGAGUUUCGGAACAGGGACCUGGCCCUUCGGAUAGCCCCCGAGCUGUGGCUCAAGCGACUCGUCGUCGGGGGUGUCGACAAGGUCUUUGAGAUUGGCCCUGCCUUUCGCAACGAGGGCGUCGAUACCACCCACAACCCCGAGUUCACCAUGUGCGAAUUCUACAGCGCCUACGCCAACCUUCCCGACCUCAUCGCCGAAACCGAGGAGCUUCUCUGCAGCCUGGCCAAGCGUUCCCAAGAACUCAUAUCCUCCCAGCUCACCUCCCUACCCGCCAUCGACCUGACCCGUUUCGUUCGACCAUUCAGACAGGUGGAAUUCAUCCCCGCCCUCGAGGAGGCCACUGGGAUCCGCUUUCCGAAGCUCACCGCCGAGGAUGCCCUCCCCGAGCUGCUUGCCGUCUUGAAGCUCGCCGGAAUCAAUUUGCCGGGUGAGGUUCCAAGCUCGCUGCCGAAGCUACUCGACCGCUUGGCGGCCGUGUAUGUGGAGCCUAUGUCCUUCAACGAACCGCUUUUCAUCACAAACCAGCCUGUGUGCAUGUCUCCACUCGCCAAGAGCUUCCUGUGCCCCAAGACAUACCAGCUCGUCUCCGCUCGCGCCGAGCUCUUCGUCGGCGGCAGGGAGCUGGCCAACAUGUACGAGGAGGAGAACGAUCCGGAGGAGCAGAAGCGCAAGCUGGCUGCUCAUCGCAACCUGGUCAACCGGCCAGACGGCGGUGUUGGCUUCGAACAAAAGCCGUCGGACAAAGGCGUCGUGUCGACGGAGGCCUCGAUGGAUGCUGAUGAGUGGGCCAUGUCUCCGCUCGAUCAGAGCUACGUCAAGACAUUGGAUUACGCUCUCCCGCCCACCGGCGGUUGGGGUUGCGGCGUCGAGCGCUUGGUGAUGCUUUUCUCGGGCGCAAACCGCAUAAGCGACUGCCUGAGCUUUGGCACGCUUAGAAACGUGGUUGGGCGGUCGACGGACGACAGGGACGGCUUGGCAAAGUGA